AUGAUGCGCGCUCGUGCGUGCGACAUCGCAGUGGUAACGUCCUCGAAGCACUUUUUCGUGCCUAGCACGCCCGAAGAUAUUGCUGCGUACAGGGUCAACGAUAACCGACGAUUGGUAGGCCUUAUCGAGGAUGUUGUUGAUGUCGCAAAAGAUAUGGGCUUCUCUCAGACCAUCGUUAACGGCAUCACGGACGGAUUGACGACCAGCGUUGAUCAUCAGUAUCUGUGGGUGAAUGCGACAUAUGAACAGCUCGCUGCCGUGAUAUUGUACUUGAGCGCUGUACAGGCCGGUAUUGAACAGUCUGGUAUGUUGAGCCAGCUAUCGAUGUGCUUCGGUGCAUCGAUAAAAGGUAUCAAGCAACUACUUCCAGCAGUGUCAAAACUGCUCAUCGAUACCAGCGCAAGGUUCGCCAUUGCUAACUUCAUGCGAUCAUUCGAAAAGGCAUAUCCUGCCUAUCAAAAGCACUCCAAAGAUCUUGCUCGGCUACAGUCGAAGCUAUGGCGUCUGGUACUGCACCGCUGUCUCUUCCCGAUUGAGUUCAUCGCAGCGAACUGGCGACACGUCGUAACAUCCUGCAUAUAUGCUGUGACUACAGUCAACGAAAUUUAUCUUGAUACCGAGGAGAUCAGCGCAGCGAUAGGUGCACGUAGCCCUAGCAUUGGUGGCGAGGACCUGAACACGUUCCUGCUUUCCAAUAUUGUGGACGACAAAGCUUACCAAGUCAAGGCGAUGAAUGCCAAAGCGCGGCGCCGACGUAAGCUCGAAGCCCGCUCAGCAAGACAUGUUGCACUUGAUGUCGUUGCCGCGCAUCCCACACCAGACGUUGUCAUCGGUUUAGAUCGUAGCUUUAAGACAGUCUCGUUGGACGAGUUCCUCGGUGCCUCUAGACACGGUGAAGGUAGGAUAUAG